AGUCCUCUGCUUCGUUCUGUGCAUGUUCCGGGUAUUAUUUCCUAUUCUCAAAACAUAAUCACGCCUUAUUCCUGUACGCCUGGCGGUUAACAGGCACAGAUUUGCUUAAUAAUCUGUACAGACAUUUAGGGUUGGUAGCACAGACUCCGUAAUUCUGGGUACGCCACAUCUCGACUAAUGAAACCUGACACCCCCUAAAAUUCAGACGUGGCGGCCGGUCUGAAAACGUAAAUUCACAGCACGGCAUCCCGCGUACAGACAAGGCCAGAACAGUGUCUACUCCAGGUAAAAGGCCCAGCUGCAGAAAGACCAGGUCUGAUCUGAGGAUGUGGCGACAAGCCUUUGCAGCUGUGCUGCUGGCAGUAAGCAUUGGCUACUUCUACCACUCGAACCCUGAGUUUCCAGAGGUGGCUGUGCGCCACCUCACCACAUCCCUUCAGUCCCUGUCCAGCUGCCUUCAGGGAAGCUCCAGCACUGCUACCAAUGAGCAGACCAUCUCCUCAGCCUGGGACACACUCAUCACUGCCCCAGCCACGCAGUGGACCAGGGUGGCUGUGGGAGUGAACACCUGUGUGGAUGUGGUGGUAACCGGGGUGGGGCUGCUCCAAGCGCUCGCUAUCGAUCCUGGCACAGGGCUGGAUCACGAGGUCCUGCACUCCAAAGAGGACCUCAAAGAAACCUUCAUCCACUACAUGGAGAAGGGGGCGGCCGCCGAGCGAUUCUACAGUGAUAAGGAGUCAUUUCAGUGGAUAGCAAGGGCGGCGUCAGAGUAUCCUGGGGCUCAGCACUUUGUGGGUGGAAAUGCAGCUCUGAUUGGUCAGAAGCUGGCAACCAAUCCCCACGUGACGGUGCUGCUGUGCGGGCCGGUUGGACCCAAACUCCACGAGCUGCUGACUGAUCAGAUCAUUGUCCCGGCCGAGUCUCUGCAGGGGACUGAUGAGUACCACCUCAUCCUGGAGUACAAGGCAGGAGAUAAAUGGGGCUCGUCGCAGGCACCCAAUGCAAACCGCUUCAUCUUUUCGCAUGACAUGUCCAAUGGGGAGAUGAGUGCACUGGAGACCUUCGUGGGGAGCAUGGAGGAAUUCCAGCCCCAGCUGGUGGUGCUGUCCGGGCUGCACAUGAUGGAGGGCCAGGGCAGGGAGCUCUGGGAGGAGCGUCUCAAAGAGGCUGUACUAACCAUCUCGGACAUCCCCAAUGAGGUCCCUAUCCACCUGGAGCUGGCCAGCAUGAGAGAUACAGACUACAUUAAUAGCAUCAUGCGAGAGCAGGUUCUGCCCAUAGUGAAUUCCAUCGGCCUGAACGAGCAGGAGUUGCUGUUCAUCUCGCAGGCGGGCUUGGGCCCCCACUCCCAGCUGCCCUCCUGGAGCGGCGUCCCUGAUGUUGGUCAGGUCAGUGACAUACUCUUAUGGAUCCUCAAGCAGCACGGCCGCACUGACCUGGAGUCUGAGGCUGAUCUCACCCGCAUCCACUUCCACACCCUUGCCUACCACAUCCUGGCCACAGUUGAUGGCUUCUGGGCCAACCAGGUGUCUGCCGUGUGUGCUGGUGCCAGGGUGGCUGGGAGCCAGGCCUGCGGCACACAGAAAAUCGACGUGAACAGAGUUGUCCUCCAAGCCCCCCUGGAAUUCCAAACCUCCCGGGACGAGCCAGGACAGAAGAUGACUUUAAAUCUGUCCGAACCUGUGGUAAUCUGGCACAGAGAAAAUGUCUCCUUUUACUUCACGCCUGUUUUAGUUUGUAAAAACCCACUUCGGACAGUUGGGCUGGGAGAUGCCAUUUCAGCAGAGGGACUGUUGUACUCUGAAAUGGCUGAGCAGUAACUGACUAUUGGAAUGGAAAUACUAAGUGCAGACUGUCUUAUUCAGUACCAUUUGGGCCAUGCUGCAACAAAGGGUCUCUGACAAUUGGUUAGCGUAAGGAUUCCCUACUUAACUGAAAUAAUCUUGAGGGGUUUUGUCUUUUUUUUGUGUCAGAUGUGACUGUACUUAUAUUCAGAAGCAACACUUACGUGCUUAUGGUUUUUUCACAUUGGGAAAUCACACUUUAAUGAGCAAUAGGACUUGGGUAUUUCUGAAUAUGACAUGCUCCAAAUAUUCAGGGUUGAGCAGUCUGCUCAGGUACACCCAAAAAUGUAUUUUUAAAUUUGGCUAAAACGGACAAAUGCAUUGCCUUAAUGUUACACUGCUUUGCUGUUAUGGAAACAGUUGACUGUGUUUAACAAAGAGCCUUUUUUAAAGGAAAAGGAGGAGUGUUUAUUGUGUACACAGCAUUUAUCAUUUUGUUUAAAGUCAAAGACAUUGCAGAACCAUCCAGGCACAGUCGGUGCUGAAUAAGAGAGUUUUGGACUUGGUAUGUAUUCCAUCAAACAAGUGGAAGAAUGGAGUGCAUCUGGGAUCGAUGCAAACGGGCUUAUGAAAUAAAUGUCCUGCUUGUUUUUUAAUUUAUUUCAAAAGUUAAAUUGUAAUCUGGUCUGCGACAAUUCACGUUCUUCUAAUAUACAAUCAAAAAUAAAAUUAAAAUUAACAAAAGUAACUGAUGCGUACACUAAAUAUCAAAUUACGUAACAGGCCUUCGUCAAAAUUGAGUUUGAUACCCCUGCAUUAGAGUGACUAUAACAUUUAGCAAAGACAAUAUGAAUCUGAAAAAAAUACAAAUAAUGUCAUUAUAUCAGGGGAGGAUAUGGCUACAGAAAACAAUAUAUCUGACCUGGAUUUAACAUGCAAAACCUCUGAUCAGAUCAGGUGCUUCCAAAUUACGCAACUGCUGCAGCUUUUAUUGGUUAGUAAGAUACUGUAUGUGAUGCACAAUAAUACCUUUAAAAGCCCACAAUUUUAACUGUAUAACAUCCUAAUAGUCAAUUUUAAGUCCAACAGAACAACAGUGUGUGAAAUAAAUGUAAGUGCUUUAAGCCCAUUUCCAAGAUUUGCCACAAUAGUGAUUCUUUGGUGAACCUAGAUUUUAUCCUAUUUGUGCUCUAGGAGACUGUACUACCCUCAUUCACCAGCAGAGAACAGUCCUACAAGGUCAAAGUUAAGGAACUUUGGUGAAGCACUGUGUGGAUAAGCCAGCAUUGCCUGUGCCUCACCUGUACUGAAGGCAUGUGGGAACUGCAGCCAGCGUUGACUAAAACACAUUUUUUGUAUUUAUGUAUAAACAGCAUGUUAGGUGGUGGAGCCUAAAAAGUAAGUGGAAAUUUAAUGUACAACCCAACCAUAAAAAAAGUAAUUGAUUUCACUUAUUCUCAUUUAACUGUCUGUAAGGAAGUGUUCUAACACAGAAGUAGCAUCACUCCUAUGGAAAUAAGUCAUUAUAAAUAACCAAAUAUUUUGAGGAGCCAUUUGUGUUGUAUACUAUGCAUAUGCAUGUAGAAAGGCUACCAAAGUUGUGAUUGACACACACUUAGCAGUGCCAGAGAGCUCAUUAUUUAAGGCCCUGUCCACACUAUGUCUUUAAACCGUAUUAUUUGCUUUUAAACCAGCUUAAAAGUGCUAAAUAUGCAACGUUUAAUACUGUACUCGAACCAACUUGGGGUAGUCUCGAGUCCGGUUCUAAUUAGAUUGCAGCAGGUAGUGCGGUUUGUCAGAAGUCUGAACGCUGUAAUACCAAACUGCAUUUUUUUCUGUAUCCUCCAAUAUCCCAUAAUGCUUUGCGAUAUGUUUGGUGAAAUACUUAGAAAAGGCGCCUGAAGGACGUACACUGGUGUACACUCCACAAUGGUUAUUCAUUUUUAUUUAAAAAAACAAAACAAAACUGUCUGUCUGUACCCCUCUGUUAAACAAGUGGGGAAAAUAACAAAAGCACAAUGUUAAAUUAGGGACUGCGAAAAUGAAAUGCAAGUUAAAAGUAGGAUUGAACAGUUCAUGUAAUUAUCAGCUCUGUUUGAAAUAAAGUAAGGGGACCAGAAUUAGGCUCAGGCAAAAAUAUGAAGAUACAAACUUGUCAUACAAAGAUUGUCUUGUAAUGAAGAGCUUUUUUUUCUGAGUUUAAUUAUGAAAUACAAUCUGCUCAAUUUAUUCAACUAAGAAAAUAUAACCUGAAAACUUCAAGCCCUAACUAACUGUCUGUGUUCACAUUUACUUUUUCCAAAAUACAAUAUGGACCUCUUAAUAUGGAGCAUUUAAAAUAAAAUACAGUGCAUGGUGGGAUACUUUUUAUUGUGCUAAUUUCCACUCCUCAUUGCACUGCUAGGAAUUGUAACCAAACUAUUCUAAUAGUGUGUGGAUGCAUUAAGCCCGGCUAAACAUGAAAUGGCACUUCAGCAUGGACGCUUUGAGCUGGAUUCAUUGGAACAGUUUCGAGUACGGUUCUUAAUCAGUUAUGCAGUGUGGUGCAGGGCCUUAAAGAUAUAUAAUGUCUAUAUAAUGUUGAAUAUGCCUCUUUGUAACUAAAUACUGGCAAGUACUGAAUUCUCUUCCUUUGGCAUUGAUAUGAUACAGAGUAUUAAAUAUGUGUUAUUUGUUGAAACUUGCCCAUGCAGGAAUUAACCAGAUGUAUCAAAUAACUGAUGUUACAAUGAUUUCCCUACCACCUCUGAAUUUAUUAUAAUUGUUUUGGUUACAGUAGAUUUAAAUAGAUAAUAAAAUGCACAGUGGAUUCUUAGAUGUGAUCGAUGCAGGCUUUGCAAAUAUCCUGGAUGAUUGAUUGGUACAGGGAAAACUUGGGAACUAGUUUAUUUGAGUUAACUGGCAAUCUCAGUCUGGUACUGGGUCUCAGCCUUUUGCUUUUUAAACCGUAAUGCUUCUACAUUCACUUACUGGUUUAAUUACCUGACUUACCAAUCUACUGUAUUUAGGUAAAUUCAAUCUCUCUUCAAUAGACUCCAGUUUGACUUGCUGAUUGGAUUUAAGAAACUCCGAAAAAUGCUUGUAUAGCAAUAUUCAACACGAGUGCAAUACAACAGAUUGUGGAAAAGUAUAUACAUAAUCAAUUUAAAAUGCAAUUUGGUCUUGCAUAACAGCAAUACAAAUUUUAUAAAGUAGAACUUUUUUUUAUAAAGUAGAACUUUUUUUCAAAAAAAUCUAAUAAAUUCUUUAAAGGGGUGUUAUAAAAAUGUCUUCAAGCUUGUCUCCUAAAGUAUGAAUAUGUAAUCCUCCGUUUAUAAUCCUGAAACAACUGGAGGAUAUUCUGUUAAGAGUAGCUGGCCCUGUCUCAAGGUGUUAAUACUAAUUGAAUAUCUUAAACCUCUACUUGCAUAUUGGGAGUAUUUAAGUUUGCUGGGGUUUUUUGUUUGUUUAUUUUAAUAUUUGAGUCCAAUAAAGUUUUUCUUUAAACUUAAA